AUGAAAUACCUCGUCGACGAAAUCACUACCAACACAAAUUGGGACCUUUCAAUCGUCAUCCCCGACCAACAACGGUCUUGGAUCGGAAAAGCCCAUUUCGCGGGCAAGAAAUUAGCCGCAAGUUAUAUCUAUACCCAGCCAUCCACUUCUCAACCCAAUGAUAAGAUAAAUUCCUACGAGGGACCAUUUAUGCGUCCUGAACCUAAGUAUCAUCAAAAGGAAUGGCAAGAAUGGUGUUUGAUCAAUAGUACCCCGGCUGCAUGUGCUGAUAUUGGUAUUCAUCAUCUCUAUAGCCAUUCGAAAAAUAAGCCGGUUGAUUUAGUCAUCAGUGGGCCUAAUUUUGGUAAGAAUUCUAGUAAUUUGUACAUUUUGGCCAGUGGGACUGUUGGAGCGGCAAUGGAGGCGGUCACGCAUGGAGUGAAGGCGAUUGCAUUGAGUUAUGCUUUUAAUAAUAUGGAUCAUGAUUAUUGGAUCCUAAAAGAGGCAGCUAAGAUAUCGGUGAAAUUGAUUGAAAAAUUAUAUUUGGAGUUGAAGAAGAAUGAAGAGAUUGAUAUGUUUUCUAUCAAUGUUCCAUUGGUUGAUAGUUUGAAAUUAGGCAGGACGAAGAUUCAUUAUGCCCCGAUUUUCAAGAAUACUUGGAGGUCGAUAUAUAGUCCCUUGCCGGAACCUAAUCAUAAAGGACAAUUGGAAUUUCUGUGGACUCCGGAUUUUAAACAGGUUUAUAAAGAUGGAUUGGAGGAUUUUAGUCAUAGUGAUAGUAGAGUGUUGUUGGAUGAGGGGAUUAGUGUAACUCCUUUAAAGGCUGCUUUUAGGUUUAUUGAACCGUUAAGUGGAGAAAUUACUUUGACUGAUGAGGAGGAAGAAUCGGAAGAACAAGUUAAUAGCAGUAGCAAAGAAAAGAAUAACAAAACCUUUGCAAUUACAAUUCCUAAAGAAUCAUACAUCUAUGAACCAUUAGUUUCCCCAUUCAAGAAAUUAGGAUAUACAAUCACCCAAGCCCUUCCUUCUCCAACUUCCAAAACGAAAAUCUUCCAUUAUGGAGAAUAUGAAGAUAUCGACUUAGAUCGAAUCCAUGAAGAUUCCAAUUACUUUCUCCCAUCAUAUAUUUAUAGAAAAGCAUUAAUCAGAAAACAUUAUCUUGCAAACACUGUACAUCAUUAUGUCACCAAACAUCCUGAAUCGAUUUUGAAAAGGGCUUUGCCGGAGAGUUAUCAACUUGAAGUCGAUUAUGCUGAGUUUUUAGACGAUGCAUUGGAUGAUUCGUAUGAAUUGAGAGAUGAGAUUGAAGCAGGGGAUAGGACUUGGAUAUUGAAGCCGAGUAUGAGUGAUAAAGGACAGGGGAUUCGUAUUUUUAAGACAAUUGAUCAAUUGCAAGAGAUUUUUAAUUCAUUUGAAGAAGAGAGUGAUAAUGAAGAGGAAGAGGAUGAGAAUAAGAAUGGGAUUAUUUUAUCUCAAUUACGUCAUUUUAUUGUUCAGGAAUAUAAAUCCAAUCCACUAUUAUUAGAAAGUUAUCAAAAUAAGAAAUUCCAUUUACGUGUUUAUAUUGUAUGUCAAGGAGAUUUGAAAGUAUAUGUCUAUAAGAAUAUUCUUACAUUAUUUGCAGAUUCACCAUAUGAGAUUCCUGAAGAAGAUGAAAAUGAUGAAAUUCCAAUGAAUGGACAUUUAACCAAUACAUGUUUACAAGAAGAUGAAAAUCCUUUAGUUGUACCAUUUUGGAAAUUGAAUGAUAUAACUGAAGAAAAUAAGGCUGGGGUAUUCAAUCAAAUUUGUGAAAUUACUAAAGAAUUAUUUAUUGCAGCUACAAGUGUUGAUAAAAUGAAUUUUCAACCUUUGGAGAAUGCCAUUGAAAUAUUUGGUGUUGAUUUCUUAAUUAAUCUGGAUUAUAAAGUUAAUUUAUUAGAAGUUAAUUCGUAUCCUGAUUUUAAACAAACAGGUGAUGAUUUGAAAGAGAUUAUUUAUGAAUUGUUCGCCAGAGUAGCAGAAGAAGUUGUGGACCCAAUGAUUGAGGGUGUUGUUGAAGAGAAGGAUGUUGAAGGUGAUAGUAAUUUGAUCAAAGUAUUAAGUCAAUAG